UCAGCCGCCGCUAUCCGCCUCAGCUGCGCCAUCCUCACCUGUCGAAGGGACAGGACACACACACAAGUGAGAGUCAUCCAGGUCGACGUGAGGGCAUCUGUGCUGUGGUGUGUGACUGUGUACCUCCGUCGCCCUCUCCACUGCCGUCAUCCAUAUUGUUACCCUCAUCGUCAUUCUCGUCGUCGGAAUCUGCAGACCACACACAGAGAGAAAGACAGAAGGCACGUCAUCCAUCCAUCCAUCCAUCCAUCUGUGUGUGUGUCCGUACCAUCGUCGCUAUCAUCAUCAUCAUCAUCCUGCUGCUGCUGCUGCUGUUGUUGUACUUGUCCGUCGAAGACAUAUGGCGCCACCGCCCCCAGCGCCACACGAGCCAGCUGAGUGAUCACCGGGAAGCGUUGCUUGAAGGGACUACUCUCACACGCAGCCGCCUCAGUGGUGAAGACCCUAACAGCCACUGGACACAAGGGGAAGAAGACUUACGACGUAUGACAUGCACAGCUCCCUCUCUAUCACUCUGACCGUCGUUGUUGCCUAAUCCCCUGAUGUUAAUCCAUGCGACGAAGGGGUGGCUGCCGUUGGUGAGGACCAGCAAUCGCUCAUUGUCGUCCCGCCCCAUUGUGGCGGUGCAGUCGGUCACCGAUGUGUGGGGCGACUCGGUCAGCAGGCCAUCCAAACGGCCGCCACCGACAACCCUUAAGCAGCCAACCGCACACACAACCAACGGCUUUCCUCUCUUGCCACUGGUGCCAUCGGCGUGUCACCUGUUGAGUGUCAUCGAUAUGUCAUUGAACUGGUAAGAAAGGUAGAAGUGGUAGAGGAUCAUGAACUUGGCAAAUGACGACACUGACGCAUGGGUGCGCUCAUUGAAGGCCGACGACCAUCCGUCCUCGCCCCAGUAGUAGAUGCUGCUGCUGUUCACUGGUGGGUCGUGUGGCUGCCGGUGCUGCUGGUACAGGUGGCCGGCAGGGAGGGGCGGGUCAACCUCCAACUCGAAGCCGGGCUGGUCGAUGAUGGCCCGCCACUCACCACCAUUGUGUUGGACCAGAUGGAGGCAGGUGUCGUUAUCGAAAAGGACGUGGCGGCCGACCAUCUUGAGCUGCGCCAACAUACGGGGAGCCGACACAUAGGCCUACACACAGAACCACACACACAGACACACAGACAGAGAGAAUGAGGCCGUCUCCCUCCCCUCCCCGCCCCUCUGUUUGCUGGCUCGCCGUUUUCUUUGUGUGUGUGUUGAUGUCAUCGGCUGUGAGGAUGACAGGCAGGUCACAGCUGCCGCACUGCCCCGCCAGCUCAAUCACCUCGGCCAUCUCGCCCCAUGGCCCCUCCUCCACCACACACACAGCCGCCAGCAGAUCAUGUGUUCCGAACUGGUCGUCGUCGAACCGCAGCAGCUGCACUUGCUGCCCAUUCACCGCCCGUCGCAGCCCCGCCUGUGAGCCCAGCGAGUGGCGGAGCCGAUCUCUCAGCUGGGCCGCUCCGAAGAGAUCUCUGAGCCACGUGCAGGUAGCCCUCAGCCGCAGAAUGUCCUUGAUGCUGCUGAAGAGGUAGAAGGUGCGGCGGCCGACGAAGAUAUACGAGAAGGGGUGCUGCUGCUGCUGCUGCUGCUCUGGUUGCUGCAU